AAAAAGGAAAAGCAUGAGCAUUCUCUCUCACCCUUGAAGCACUUUUGUAAAAUGACAAAUGUGUACUCAUGAUAGCGUUGCUGCCUUUUAGAUCUCUAUUUACUGAAUGUGUAGAAAGGUCAAACUCCCUGCACAUCUAUCUAUCCAUGUACGUUUGGAAUUUAGAUUGCCUUUUCUAAGUGGAAAAUAUAAAUUUUGGAGGCUCCAUAGCAAUCACACCCUCACCCAAGGUGUUAAUAAUAAACUCACAGGUUCUUGCUGAAUAAGAAGCCACAGACAGAGCAAAGCACAAAUCAGGACUUACUAAUCAUACUAGAAUGGAUCUUUUGUGGAUGAUUUUUAAUCAAAAUCCUCAGCUAGCAUACCAGUUGUUCACUAUACCCUUGGCUUUUCUGUUUUACAGUUUGGCUACACGAGGAUAUCUCACGCUGUUUAACAGGCAUAUCUGUCUGGCAUCGGGAGGAUUCAUACUUGCCGUUCUGACAAUGGGUCCAUACAGCAUGCUGCUGUUUAUAACCAACAUCAUAUUUGUGUUACUGGUGCGCUUCAUGAAGCCAGAUCAUAUUCACUACUGGAUUUUUGGGCUGCAGAUGUGGUGGCAAACAUUGUGGCACUUCUAUAUGCAGUACAAGCAAUACUGGCUCCAAGAACCUGUAGAUUCCAGGCUUGUGCUGGCUAUGUCUGCUUUAAUGCUUCUCAGUCAGAGAGUCACAUCAGUAUCGAUGGAUCUCCAGGAAGGAAAAGUCAUCAAGCAUUUCCGAAAAAGCCCCCAGAGCCAAGUCCUUUCCCUCAUUCCUUUCAUGAGCUACACUCUGUAUUUUCCUGCCCUUCUUGGAGGACCGCUUUGUCCAUUUGUCACUUUUGUGAACUUUGUGGAGCAACUGAGUGUCAAGCCACCACCUUCUCCACUUAAAAUUCUGCCUUGGAAGAUGCUGCAGGUUUUACUUCUGCUAGGUCUCAAAUUCCUCCUUACAAGUUUUUUACAGUCUAGCAUAUUCAGCCUAAGUAGUUCACCAUGUACAUUAUGGAUCUGGAUCUUCUCCCUAGUGCUCAGAUUGAAUUAUUACGUUCACUGGAAAAUAAGUGAAUGUGUUAACAAUGCAGCAGGAUUAGGUUUCAGUGGGUACAGUACAACUGGAGGUUCAUUGUGGAAUGGACUUUCUGAUGGUGAUGCAUUUGAGAUUGAAUCCUCAAGUAAUGUUUCAGCCUUUGCCCGGCUCUGGAACAGGACCACAGCUGGCUGGUUACGCAGAUUAGUGUUUCAAAGGUGCAGCAGGAUGCCAGUGCUUAUGACGUUCAGCUUCUCUGCUUUGUGGCACGGCUUGUACCCAGGUCAAGUUGCAGGCUUCCUCGGAUGGGCCGUAGCUGUGAUAGGAGACCACAAACUCCACAAACACCUUUCUCCAAGGCUCACCACAGCUUGGAGGAAAGGCUUGUAUACUUGUCUAAGCUGGCUUUACACUCAGAUGGUCAUCACUUGUGUUGUGGUUGCAACUGAACUUCAAAGUUUGGAGGCACUCAAGUUGUUUUGUACAACACACAUUGCUCUAUUUCCACUUGCAAGCAUUUUCAUACUGUUCAUUUUAUAAAACUGCAGAAUACACUCACCGGCCACUUUAAUAGAAACAUAUGUACAUCUGGAAUUACGAAAUCAGUCGCAGUAGCUCAAGUGCAUAAGAUCAUGCAAGUAUAGGUCAGGAUCUUUCCAUACCAAACAUCAGAAUGAGGAGAAAAUGUAAUCUCACUUUGAGCGGUUGUUUGUUGCAUAACUGUCUCCUAGAACUUACAUCCAGUGAGAAGUAGGUCUACAGGCAGAAACAUCUUACUGAUAAAAGAGGUCAGAGAAGAACGGCAAAGUUUGGCCGUUCUCAAAUAAUUUUAAAUCUCUACUCAUCCUUCUUGAGCAGAAAAGCAUCUCAGAAUGCAUAACACAUCAUGUAUUGUUAAUGGGCUACACUAAAAUUGCACACAUCUGGACUACAUUCAUACUGUUUCUGACACCGAUCUGUAUUCAUAUAGUAUAUUUUAUGCUUUCUAUACACAUUUUAUUUUAAUUGUAAUUUAUUCUUAUUCUUUUUUUUAUUCUAUUUGUAUGACACAGCCAUUUCACCGCAUGGUGUACUGUGUAUGGAUGUGAUUGGGACCAAUAACAUUUGAGUCUGAAACUGUGCAGUUAAAGAUCAUAAAGACAUCACCUGGUCUUUUUCUGAUUUCCACGUUUUUCAGUUUUCGGUGACCUUGUGUUCACUGAUAGGAGUGGAACCUGAUGUACUCUUCUGCUGUUGAAGCUCAUUCAACAUACUGUCCAUUUGAAGAUGCUUUUCUGCUCAGCAUGGUUGUAAAGUGCUUAUUUAAAUGAUUGUAUCUUUAUGAUACUCCUAUUAAAGUGGCCAACAAGUUUACAAAGCUUAUGUUAUUCAAGUAUUUUUUAAAUUGUCUUAUUUAUAUUUUAUUUUAACAAUAGCAAUACCAAUGCAGUUGCAAUGACUGAUAGGUGAUAAGGAAUAAACAGAUGUGAUCAUUGCAUUGUGGUCAUUUGAGAUCAUUAAAGGAAAUAAACAAAUGCACUCAUGCAAGUUUUUUUUACGUGUCUUACAUGUCUUUUUUAUUUUAUAGGAGGCACAUUUUCUGCAUUCUCCAGCACACAGCUGGUAUUCCCCUACAUUGCUCAAUAGUCAUUACGGUCUAUUUGUUAUGCUGCGUGGAACAUUUUGCUGGCAGGUUUCCACUUGUUCCAACACCACAGUUCUGAUCACCUUUAAUCUACUAUGAAAUAUUUCUGUUUUGUUGAAAUUCUGAUGAAAGUAUGUCUCCACCCCCAGAAUGUCUCCACCCCUGUUCACAGGGAAAGCGGGCUCAUGCUACAGCCUUCACACCUACAAGACCUCAUACAGUAUAUGGGAGAGUCUGCUUUCAGAGACUGUGCCAAGGAGCACUAAACCUGCUCUACACCUUACUCUCACACUCUUUAUGGAGUGACAAUUGUUUCUAUGAAUUUGUUGUUCAGUGAUUGGGGUGAUACUACCAUCUUGUGGUCAUGAACAAGUACACACAAAAAUAAAAUCGAACAAUCGAGGAGAAGAACUUCAGGAUGAUGUAUAACUAUAGAUAAGAAGUCCUUGAACCUGCAAUGUACAUAAUGAUAUAUAUCUUUGUAAGGCACAUUUGUAAGGGCAUUCAGAGUAAGGGAAGGUUUUAGGAGAAUAAAAACCGUGUUGGAUGGAGGCCACAGUUCAUUAAACUAUCAGAGGUUCUAAGUCCAUACUAGUGUCCCUGGACACAUAUAGUUGGAAUGUUAAGUGCUAAAUUAAUGUGAAUGUGCAGUAUGUAUAUA